AUGAGCGGAUUCGCUGCGUUUGAAGCCAAGAUGGAGGCCGCCGGCCUCAGCCAGGCCGCGAUCAAGGCCUUCGAGUACUCGUACGCGUCGCUCCUCAGCGGCGACUCGGGCAUGAUGUCCGAGGCGUCGAUCGAGAACGUCGCCGACCUCACGUACCUCGAGGGCCGCCCGGGCUCGAUCCGCGAGUCAAUCAAGGCCGAUGCGAGCCUCCUCCAGAAGACGGUCGUGCUCAAGCUCAACGGCGGCCUCGGCACGAGCAUGGGCCUCGACAAGGUCAAGAGCCUCCUCAACAUCAAGGGCAGCGACAACUUUCUCGACAUGACGGCCAAGCAGAUCAUUGAGAUGCGCAAGAAGUACAACUCGAACGUGCGCUUCAUCUUGAUGAACAGCUUCAGCACGAGCGCCGACACGCUCGACUAUUUGCAAAAGUACCCCGAGAUUGUGAGCGAUAUCGACCUCGAACUCCUCCAGAACAAGGUGCCCAAGAUCGACGUCAAGACGAUGCAGCCCGCCGAGUGGAAGAUCAACCCGUCCAAGGAGUGGUGCCCGCCUGGCCACGGUGAUCUUUACCCGUCGCUGCUUGGCUCAGGCAAGCUUGACAAGCUCCUCGCCCAGGGCUACAAGUACAUGUUUGUCUCCAACUCGGACAACCUCGGCGCGACGCUCGACUUGGAGCUCCUUACGCACUUUGCGCAGUUGGACACGUCGUUCAUGAUGGAGUGCUGCGAACGCACGGAGAACGACAAGAAGGGCGGCCACCUCGCCAAGCGCGUCUCAGAUGGCCACCUCGUCUUGCGCGAGUCGGCGCAGUGCGACCCGGCCGACGAAGCCAAGUUCCAGAACAUUGCCAAGCACCGCUACUUCAACACGAACAACUUGUGGAUCCGCUUGGACAAGCUCGCGGAAGAGCUCCACCGCCAGGGCGGCCUCAUCAAGCUCCCGAUGAUCCGCAACUCGAAGACGGUCGACCCGAAGGACGGCGACUCGCCGGCGGUCUUCCAGCUCGAGACGGCCAUGGGCGCCGCCAUUGAGUGCUUUGACAACGCGACGGCCGUGUGCGUGCCCCGCACGCGCUUCGCGCCCGUCAAGAAGUGUGAUGACUUGCUCUUGCUUCGCUCGGACGCGUACGUGGUCACGGACGACUACCGCCUCGUCCUGGCUCCCGAGCGCAACGGCAACGCGACCGUCAUGGGCUUGGACGGCAAGAAGUUCAAGCUCGUCCAGCAGCUUGAGGCCUCGCUCCGUGGCAACGUGCCGUCGCUCAUCAACUGCAACCGCCUCAAGAUUACGGGCGAUGUCGGCUUUGCACCGGACAAGACGGUGCUCAGCGGCACGUACCGCGACCAGACGAUCGACUUGACGAGCCAGCCUGGCCUCGGCAAGCUCAAGGCGUCGGUCGUCUCGACGGCCCCGAUCGAAGGCCAGAAGCCCGGCACGUCGGGUCUCCGCAAGAAGACCAAGGCGUUCAUGGCCGAGCACUACCUCAACAACUUUGUGCAGUCUACGUUUGACGCGCUUCCGUCCAAGGACCUCCACGGCGGUACCCUCGUCGUCUCGGGCGACGGCCGCUACUUCAACAAGGAGGCGAUCCAGACGAUCAUCAAGAUGGCGGUUGCCUCGGGCGUCGACCGCGUCUGGGUCGGCCAGAACGGCCUUCUCUCGACGCCGGCCGUGUCGGCGGUCAUUCGCGAGCGCGAAGGCGGCGCUGUUGCGUUUGGCGCCUUUAUCUUGACGGCGAGCCACAACCCCGGCGGUAUUGACGAGGACUUUGGCAUCAAGUACAACUGCGAGAACGGUGGUCCGGCCCCCGAAAAGCUCACGGAAGAGAUCUUCAACAACACCAAGGUCAUUGCGUCGUACAAGAUUGCGUCGGACUUUCCCAACGUCGAUGUCUCGCGCGUCGGCGCCACGUGCGUCAAGUCGGACGACGGCAGCCGCACGGUGGUCGUCGAGGUCUUUGACGCGGCCGAAGACCACGUGGAUUUGCUCAAGACCAUCUUUGACUUCAAGGCCAUCAAGGACUUGAUUGCGCGCGACGACUUUUCGUUUGUGUACGACUGCAUGAGCGGCGUCCAGGGCCCGUACGCCCACCGCGUGUUUGUCGACGAGCUCGGCGCGCCCGAAUCGAGCCUCCUCAACGCUGUCUCGAAGGAGGACUUUGGUGGGCACCACGCCGACCCGAACCUGACGUAUGCGCACGAGCUCACGCACAUUAUGGGCGUCGACGCCAAGGGGUCGGCGAUCCACGGCCAGGCGCACAAGGUGCCGGCGUUUGGCGCGGCCUGCGACGGCGAUGCGGACCGCAACAUGAUUCUCGGCUCGCGCUUCUUUGUGACGCCGUCCGACUCGCUCGCGUCAUUGCGGCCAACGCGAACGUGA